AUGCGGCAAGCAGUAGUCCUAGCCUUCUUGGCCGUAUGCUUCUGUGGCGCUCUUGCCAGCACUUUGCCUGGCGAUGGCGCAAAGGCACAAGCUUCCUCCGAUACCAGUCGUCGUGCUCCACGUCUGGAUGAGCGCAAGUUCAAGUACGAGCCAGAUCCCAAGAAGGAGCUCACACAGUUCAUGAACACCAAAAACGUCGUCAAGACACUCGUGAAGCUGGUCUUUGGCAGCGAUGAAGAGAGUGCUGCAACGUCCCGUCAAAUCCUAAACCUUCUGGUCACCGUCCUAGACAUGCUGAAGACUAGCUUCGGUCAGAGGGCGCGGUCUUCUUCGAUGGCUAGAGGGUUCCGUGGAGCUCUGGACGACGUUGCCAUUGCCGGUGCUUCCAUGCUGAAAGGAUUUGUGAAGUCAGUGAUGACCAAGGAUGACAACUGCAUGCAGCGGUACCUGUGUGAGGCUAGCAAGGAAGCUGCGAAAGACGGACAUGAGAUUGGAUACCUUGUGGCACAGUUCGGAGGAUACGCUGCCAGUUAUGCAUUGCAAGCCCAGAAGGCGUCUGCCUUCAACCAGACAUACAACGCCACACGCAGUGGUCGUAGCGGAGAGGACUGCUUCAGUUUGUAUCAGACCUGCAACGAGACCGACUAGAUCAAGAGCUAUGGACAAGACCACACAUCAUCACGCUUUCGCAAAACAUCACUCAUAAUGCCAUCAGUCAUCAUACACCAUCUAUCGCAGAGCUUCGGAAGCUUUCCUCCCACUUUCAUUCUGCAACCACCAUUAUUCCGGAGCUCAAUCUUUUAUAAUUUCACUUCCGAGUUUGGUAGCACGUUGAAAGAGGACAUACAUUAGGCUUGCGUACUGUGCUUCGAGAGAAAACCGCGUGCAUGGCUGAGCCAUGCUCAUCGAGGCACCAGGAAGGUUCCCAGGACCUUCCA